UACGACGGAGACCCUUCGACAGAGGCACUGCGACACCAGGAGCCAUUCCGCGCAAGUGAGCCGUUCCGACGAAGAAGGUGUCGCGUUGCACGAAGGUUUUAGCUAGGGUUCGAAAAUUUUGCAAAGUUAGGCACAAGAGUAGGGAGUUGCUAGUGGGUAAAUGCAGUGAAUCUCGUCUAAUAUAAUACGGAACUUGUCAAGCAUCAGCAAAUUUGAAUUAACUUGAUGGAGAGUUCUGAAGAAGAAAAAGAUGCUGUUUCUGGGGCUCAUGCUAUACCCUUGGAAUUGAGCCGUUUAGCAUCUAAUGGUGCAAAAUUUGUAGAUGAAGUACUUAAUGGUCAUAAUCAACGCUGUAUGGAAAACUUUCGCAUGGAUAAGCAUGUUUUUUACAAGUUGUGUGAUAUUUUGCAAGCCAAGGGCUUACUGCGUCACACAAAUCGAAUCAAAAUUGAGGAGCAACUGGCCAUAUUUAUGUUUAUAGUUGGUCAUAAUCUGAGGACUCGGGCUGUUCAAGAGCUAUUCCGUUAUUCUGGAGAAACCAUCAGUCGUCACUUCAACAAUGUUUUGAAUGCAAUAAUGUCAAUUUCGCUCGAUUUUUUUAAGCCUCCAGGCUCUGAGGUUCCUUCAGAAAUUGUUGAAGAUCCUAGGUUCUACCCAUAUUUUAAGGAUUGUGUGGGAGCAGUUGAUGGUAUACACAUGCCGGUGAUGGUUGGUGUAGAUGAGCAUGGACCUUUCCGCAAUAAGAAUGGUUUACUUUCACAACAUGUUCUGGCAGCUUGCUCGUUUGACCUCAAGUUCCAUUAUGUUUUGGCUGGCUGGGAAGGAUCUGCUUCUGAUUUGCAAGUUUUUAAUUCAACAAUCACAAGGCGGAAUAGGUUACAGGUCCCUGAAGAAAUAAGUGAAGGUUAUCAUGAUACAGGCAAAUUCUACCUUGUAGACGACAAGUAUCCAAACGUGCCAGGCUUUGUUGCUCCUUACUCAGAUAUUCCCUACCACUCUAGGGAGUUUCCCAGCGGUUAUCACCCACAGGAUGAAAGAGAAUUGUUCAAUCUAAGACACUCAUUGUUACGAAAUGCUACUGAUCGAGCUUUCGAGGUAUUAAAGGCACGAUUUCCUAUAUUGAUGGCGGUUCCUCCCUACCCAUUGCAAACGCAAGUAAAGCUGGUAGUGGCAGCAUGCGCGUUACACAAUUAUAUCCGCAUGGAGAAACCAGAUGAUUGGCUUUUCAAAAUGUAUGAACAGAAUGUUUCACUUCAAAUGGAAGAAUCACUACCCCCAAUAGAGGUUGAACAACCAAAGUCAGAUAUUGAUAUGCAGUCUCUGGAAGACACUUUUGAUGCAGAGCAACUUGAACUUGCUGCGCAGUUAAGGGACUCUAUUGCAGCUGAAAUGUGGAAUAAUUUUAUCCAUUCCAUGUCUCCUAGUUAAUGUCUUUUGCAUCAUUUUGUUAGGCUAGGUUUGAAAUUUACUUAGGGUGCACAGGAGAUGAAAGGAUUUUGAUUUUGAGAGUCAUAUUGACAUUGGCAUCAUUUU